AUGUGGGCAAUCGACGUCCACGAUUUUCCCCAGAGGCUGAUCACAGAUCAGGAGGCGCUGGAGGCGAACUCGACAAGAGCUUGGAGAUAUUCUCGUUUCUCAUGCCUGGCGUUUGGCUGGCUGUGGGAUAGAACGAGGACAUAUUCAAGCGAGGCUCUCAGAUGUUGGGGGGGAUGGAAGGAGGCUAGCUCACUGAAGCGACAUCGUGGGGGACAGGAGAGUGUAGGACUUCGUUCUUGGUAUUAUUAUUUGGAAUCGUUUUAUGGUUUAUCCUGGCGGGGGUUCUUUGUUGGGAGCUUUGAACAUUUCAUGGAUUUCGCUGCGCGCGUUUGUUCUAGUAGUAUGCUGACGUAUUUCCAGAAGAAAUGGCCAUGUGUACGCCGAUUUCUUUUACCUCAGUGA